UUUAAAAGCCCACGUCCAAUACGUAGUCUGACUUCUUGCAAAAUUCAAGAAUAUACAGUAUAAGGUUAAAAUCUUCAAUGAUGAGCAAUAACAGUGACAAUGAAGCAGAACAUUUCACAAAAGAAUCCCACCUUGAGAAUAUUCUAUUUGCUUGUUAUUACCUUGUGGUUUUUAUUGUAGCCAUCCCUGGCAACACCUUGGCAUUGUGGGUCUUUAUCUCCAAAGGUGAAAAUAAAACUUUUACUGUCUUUCUGAGGAACCUGGCAAUAGCUGACAUCUCCUACGUGUUAAUACUACCAGUGCGUAUCAUCUACCACCUGAACAGCAAACACUGGCCAUUUGGUGAAAUCCUGUGUCGUUUAAUAGGGUUUCUUUUUUAUCUCAACAUGUACUGUAGUCUCUACUUCAUGACCUGCAUAAGCCUGGAUCGCUUGCUUGCAAUUGUGUUUCCAGUCAAGUCCAUUAACGUGCGGAAGCUCAAGAAUGCCCACAUAAUAAGUUGCAUCCUCUGGGUUGCCCUUACUAUUUCACUGUUCCCCUUGCUUGUUUCACCUCAAACAGUACACAUGGAUAACACUACAGUGUGCCUCCAGCUUUACCGGGAACAGACAUCCAGGCGAGCCCUUGGGUCUCUCAGUGUUGCCUUUAUUAUUCCUCUCGUCACAACAGUGUUUUCUUAUUUACUUAUCAUGCACAAGCUGUGGAAAAGAGAUCAGGUCACAAAGUCAAUUAAGGACAAAGCCAUGAAGAUGAUCAUAUUGGUGAUGAUACAUUUCUUUGUGUGUUUUGUGCCAUAUCACGUUAACCGUUUUGUUUAUAUCCAUGCAUUUAGUAGCAAUAGUGUGUCCUCUGAAAUGAAAAACACUCUCUCCCUCAGCAAUCGCAUCACUUCCGCUCUGACCAGCCUCAGUGGGGCUCUGAAUCCGAUUUUGUACUUCUUCCUUGCACAGAAAUUCAGAAAAACAUUACUAAAUCUGUUCUGCAUUGAUGAACACAGAGAUAGCAGCAAUGGUGACGUCACUCAUCAAGAGGUUCCGAGUACUAGACAUGAAUUCCGGAAUACAAACAAAAAUAAUGUAUAAUAAUUAAAAUAUUCUGACAAAGCAAAACAAAGUAUCUUAAACUCCUGCGCUGUACAGUAUAUGCUAGAGACAAUGGGUGUGAAUUACCUGGCAAUAAUCACUGUUUACAUGCAAAAAUACAAGUCUCACCUUUUUGGCAUGUUAUUUUGGUAGGACCUUUUCAUUUGGGUUUACAUGUUACUUUCUUUUAGGGAGAGAAAUUUUCCUUCUGAAUGCAAAUUACCCUGUUAACAAAAAAAUACGGGAAGAUAUUUUUAAUGUGUCUGUCAGCGUUCCAGUUUGGGUUUUACAAGAAGUUUUAGGUUGUGUUGAAGAAUAUUCUAUUUUUUGGAAUUUGAUUAAAUAUAUUAUCUUUAUUUAAUGCAGGGCAGUACCAGUAUCUGGUUGUGUGACAGAGCAUUACAAGAUGGCUAUCAAGUCUUCUAAAAAUAAACUCAUUUUUUUCAGAUGAGCAUGACUGUAGGAUGUUUGUCACCAAUGGCAUUAUCUAUAAUUAGCCCACUGUAUUAAAAGCGUGCAUGCAAACACAACCAAAAUGUAUUGUUGCAGUUUAAUCUAGUUCAUGUUUUUUAUGUAGUUUAUUCUAUCUAACAUAAUUCUAAUCCAUUCCAGUUCUGAAUUUUGUAGAAUGCAUGAGCGAUAUCUGAAGGAACCAUUCAGAUAGCGAACGUGCAAGUGGAGACUAGCUCCAUGUGAUGUUUAUUAUUAUUAUUAUUAUUAUUAUUAUUUAUUUCUUAGCUGAUGCCCUUAUCCAAUUGUGACUUACAACUGUUACAAGAUAUGUGUGAUUGCAAUCUUAUAAGCCUUUGGCAGAUUCUACCUGGGAGCUCUGUGAAGAUUGUGAAUUCCAUUCCUUCUGGCUCCCUGUUGCCUCCACAGGCUGUGGAGGAUACAGACAAGAGACCAGUUUAUUUUGUUUUGCCUAUCUGUACAACUCUUUUUUUAUUAUUUAAUUUGUAUACUGCACAACAGGCGCAAU